AUGGCGGACGUCUGGAUUUCUCGCAAGAGAUGGACGUGCAAAUACUGCGAAGUCACCAUCAAUGACGACUUGCCAUCGAGACGACAUCACGAGACGGGCGUGCGACAUAAACAGAACGUACAAAAGGCGCUAGAGCAACUGUACCGCAAAGCGGAGCAAGAACGCAAGGAUGUCGAACACACCAAGAAAGAAAUGGCGAGGAUUGAAGCGCUCGCAGCUCAAAGUUACGCCAAGGAUCAGGCUUGUGGUGAUGGCGCUACUGCUUCAACUUCACGGUCUACAGCGUUAACAGCAGGAACAAAGUUCAAGCUCACGAUGCAGCCAGGUCUUGCUCACCUCGCUCGUGCAAAUACAAGACGAGCAGCAGCGGAGAGACCGGCAGAGGCGUCACAGCACAUCGCUCAGCCCGGGGAAUGGCAGCAAGUGGAACCUGUUGCGUCUGCUUCAACCUCUUCCGCGAGCGAGACCACCGAUCGAGACCGGGCCCGAUCGUUUCGCGUCAAGGAGAAGAUGGCUCGCCUCGAUGACAGUGACGAAGACCAAGAUCUCGACACCAUCAAGAUCAAGAAGAGACCACGUGCUGCUCAAGACGGUCCACCGGCGUUGCGAAAAGAGAUCAAGGAGAUGGAACAGGCUCAAUCCGACAAUGUUGUCAAAGAGGAGGUCAUUGUCGCCACAGAACCGCCAUUAGAUACGAACGCUGCGCACACAUACAGCACGGCAGUCAAGAAAAAAGAGGACAAUGAGGCUCCAGAUUCCGCGUCAACAGCGGAAGGAGGUGGCAGUCCUACUGAUGGAGGUGGCGGCUUGUUCAAGAAGCGAAGAGCCGGUGCAGCCGCGCGAGCCAAACGGGUGAGAGCUGUUAUAUAG